AACUCGCCCAUGGCGCUCUGUCUCCUCCCACCGAGCACAGAGCCUGAGCUAAAGCCGCUUGUUUAUGAGACGUAGUAGACCACAAGCACGGAAAGACCCAACAUCAGACCAGACGCAACAUAUAAAAGGUCGCACCAGUUGACAUGGGUGGUGCAGUAGCAUUUACCCGGCCACUCCGUGGAAAAUGACCCAGCGCAAUGGUGACAGUGGGACGAGGGACCGCAGCCUUCAAAUGGACUCCAGCGGGGCCCCUGAACAGGCCAAUGGCAAGGAUCAGGAGCUGGAGGGAGGCAACAUCAACCGUGACCCAGAGGAGGGGGUUGAAAAGGUUGGCGGUGGACCCCAGGGUUCUGCCCCAAUGCCGGGGGCCGUCGUAGCCCCUGACGGCGGCUGGGGCUGGGUGGUGCUCGUGGCUACCAUCUUGGUCUUAGCUCUGACCCUGGCCUUCCCCUCCUGUGUGGGCAUCUUCUACACAGACUUGCAGAAGGAGUUCCAGGCCACCAACAGUCAGACAUCAUGGGUGCCCUCCAUCAUGACUUCGGUGCUGCAUGCGGGAGGCCCUUUUUGCAGUGCAUUGGUGGAAAGAUUUGGUUGCCGAGCAACGGUCAUGCUGGGAGGAGUGCUGAGUGGCUUCGGGAUGGCCGCAAGCUCUUUUACCAAUUCCAUCACUGAGCUAUACAUUACUGCUGGGAUUAUAACAGGCCUGGGCUUCUGCUUCAGCUUCCAGGCGGCCGUGACCAUCCUGGGCCACUACUUUGUACGCCGGCGCACGUUUGCCAACGCCAUGUCGUCCACGGGGACGGCCCUGGGCCUGUGCACCCUGCCCAUCCUGGGCCACUACCUCAACACUGAGCUGGGCUGGCGGGGGAGCUUCCUGGUGCUGGGGGCGCUGCUGUUAAACUGCUGCGUGUGCGGAGCGCUGAUGAGGCCCCUCGGGCCCCGCAGGCCCCGCGGACAGCCCCUCAUGCCCCUGAAACAGCCCGACGGCGGCGACGGCGGCGGGGGGGGGACCCGGCAGAGCAAGUCGAGGUGGAGGGCCCUGUGCGCCAGCCUGGGCGCCUCCCUGCGCAAACACAUGGCCUUCGACCUGUUCCUGAAGAACCUGCACUACCGCGUGUACUCCAUCGGCAUCACCUGGAUGAUGCUGGGCUUCGUGGUGCCGCUGGUGUACCUGGUGCCCUACGCCACGGACAACGGCAUGGAGCGGAGCGAGGCGGCGCUGCUGCUCUCCAUCCUGGGCAUCAUCAACAUCAUCGUGCGGCCGCCCAUCGGCCUGCUGUUCAACCUGCCCUGGUUCAAGGGGCGGCACAUCUACGUGUUCUCCUCGGCGCUGCUGGUCAACGGCCUGAGCAACAGCAUCUGCUGCUUGGGCGCCAGCUUCCCCGUGCUGGUGGUGUACGUGGUGAUGUACGGGCUCUCCAUGAGUGUGGUGGGGUCCCUGAUGUUCACCGUGCUCAUGCAGACAGUGGACAUGAGCGCCUUCCCGUCGGCCCUGGGCCUGCUCGCCGUCAUGGAGAGCGUCACGCUGCUCAUCGGACCCCCGCUUGCAGGAGUCCUGGUGGACAGAACAGGGCAGUACUUCCAUAUGUUUUUGGUCUGCAGUUUUGUUGUUGCCUCAUCUGGCCUGUACCUCAUGGUGUCGUUUUACGUGCUGGGCCAAAGGGACAAGAAGUCGGCACCUAAGGGGCAGCCGCUGGCUGUGACAGACCAGGACGUAUCCACUCAGUGUCAGUACAGCAGUGUGCCAACAGAUGGCGCCAAAACCCCAUCUGAAGACCACAGUGCAUAGGAAAAACAAGUUUCCACCCUUUGUGAAUACUUUCUUGUUUACUGGCCGUAUCGAAUAGGACCUGUAUUGAAAUAGGCCAAAGGGUGUAACGACUUACCAAACAACACAUCUGACUUUAUUGACCACACCAAGCAGCAAACCAUGCCCAGUAAUGUCACUUGCAAUAGUUAUAUCAUUCUACAGACCCAUUGAAAGAACCUGCUUUUCAUCAACAUUACCUUAAGUUUUUUUUUUUUUGGGUCUGGAUUGGCUUUAAAUGCUAAUAAUGAAUUGGUUAAUGAUUGCAUAGGAAGAUUGUGCAAAUAAUCCUUUGGUGCCAAACACCUUAUGUCACAGGGUCCACCUGUUGGUUUGGUCAGCACUUUUACAGGCUGAUCUUGCUGUUUAGGAAGACAUGGUGGUUCUAUUUUCAUCCGGUGGCCAUUCUCUAUAGUACAGUAAUAGUACUGAAGCCUUCUUAAUGUACCAAACAUGAAGGCAUGCACAGCAUAUAUGAAUGCAUUUAUGAAUAGACCAUAUGGGAAAUUUUCCUUAAACGGCUAAAUCUGGUGAUGGUGGGAACAUGGUUUCAACAUAUGGUGAGAAACAUUGAUUGUACUAUGCUAUAAACACCAAUAAUGCUUUGGACCUUACACACAAAGGUGCUCAUCCUUUUCACAUUACACUCAUUACACUCUCGCUCUAUUAAAAAAAACUACGAUUUUCAUAAUCCACCACGAAAUGGAAAUAUGUUGUGGUAUAGUGGUGGUAAAAUUGCAGCUCAACUUUUGAUGACCAAUGAGAAAAGAGAAUUUGCCUAAGAUGAGCUGGACGAAAUAGCAGGAGUUUGGCCUGCCAUGGUGUCAGCAAUACCUUAGCAGAAUCGAAUUGGACAACAAGUUUUAGAAGAUGGAUGCAUAUGAUCUGUCUGACAAUCGUAAACAAUUGUGUGUAAAUGAAUAUAGUUUCAAGCACAAAGGUUCAAAGACAAUAUUGUAUUCUUUUUCAGCCGACUGCCAAGUGAUUAGUCCUGUUAGUGAUGAGUUAUUAUUGGAGAUAAUAGCUAAUUUCAUGUUAUUUCAAUGUAGCUGGCACAAAGUGGUGGUUUUCUUUUAAAGGAAAACAACCACUGAAAAGGUAAUCAUUUCAAGCAAACACUGAAGAGAAGCUCAAUUAUUUAGUUGAACUCUGAGGUAGAAUGUAACACUGAUAAAUUAAAUGCAUUAGGUCCUAUAUAAGGACCAACACAACUGCUAUGUAUGUACAUUUUCCAGAUUACCUAUUGAAAAGUGCCUUAUGUUACUAAGCUUUGCAAUCUCAAUCAAAAAUUGUAACUGCCUGGAUGCAGCAUUCUCAUAUUCACGGUAGCCAUAAGAAAUAGUAGGGCUAUCUCUGUAAUUGUGCUAGAGUAAAUGUGUAAGAUAUUGCAAUAGAUAGUGCUAUGGUGCGACAUUUGUGUGUAAUGUAAAUGGUUACAUCCAAUGUUUAGAGCCAAUGUCCUACCGUGACUUCUGCCUGUUACAGCUAUUUUUACGGAGGAUUAGCCUACAUCAAAGGAGCUAGGCUAUAUCAGCUUACUUAUUUUUGUGGUGAUAUGACUGAAAGCAUACAAUAAAUGUAUUCUAUUGGGACUUUAUUCUUUAUUUUUCUCCCUAGAAGCAUAUGGUUAUACAAUUGUUAGUUAACGAAUAUAUUCGUGUAUAGAAUAUAUUUAUUUAUUUGGGGAAAAGUUACUUCUGAUCAAAUGGUAACGAUAUUAAGAUAUAAAUUAUUAAUGCUUCACGGAAAUAUCUGACAAUAAAUGCAUUUUUCCGCCUUGA